AUGUCUCUUCUUCUCUCCCGCCAUCAUGUCUCGCCGCCGUGCUGCAGAUUCUCAGGGAGUCGCGAAGUCCCGGUGCCAUCGGUGACACGCAAAACACAGCCCACAAUCACCCAUUCCACCCGCCCGUUGACCACGUUUCCUCCUUGUUCAUCCGCAUCCCCGUCGCAAUCGGCAUCGGCACAUCUGCCAUCUCUGCAUCUCGGAGCCCAUUCUUCCAUUCCAGCAGCCAACACCCCAGGUCACGGUAUCACGCCGUCGACAUAUCUACACUUUCUUCGCCAUCCCACGCUGCCGGAGCCCCUUUUAGCCUGCAGCCCUUGGCUCUGGUCGGUACUUGGCUUCGAAGUAGCCCAAGGGAUGCUGCACGCCAGACGCACACCAGUACGCCCUCCUCGGCCUCCAUCCCACACACACACACACACACACACACACACACACACACACACACUCACACACACACACAAUAGACACACACACACACGACCCUCAUGCUCUCUAGACAUGGCAGGCGCUAGACAAAGGACAAUCAAUCAACCUCUUACCAAUCAUCUCUCUGAUGUUCCGGCACUGUUUCUGACGAUUUGUCGCGCCUGUCUGGACAUCCUCUUUCGGUCUCUUCGGUUUCUUCCUCCCUUGCCUCCGCCCAGGAGCCCGCGGCGAUAUCGAGAGCAUUUCUCCCUUCCCCGGCCACAACCGAGCCCGGCGUGA